ACUCCUAUCCCCUGGAAUUUGCUGCCAGAGCUGAAUUAGGUCCAGCCACCCACUCUUGUCCACUCAGGGUGCUCCUGGGAGACUACAGUUUUAUCCAUGCAGAAAAAAAAUUCCCCGCCCCCUCCCCAAAGUGGGUGAUGCUGCGGAGCGGGGCGGAGCGUUGACCAGAGGGAGGGACUAGAGUCGGGGAAAGGAGAGUAUCUGAAGAGGAUUUUUAAGAGAUGAACAGGAGAGCACCAAGCAAAGGAGGGAAGGUGUGUGUGUAUGUCGAAGGCAGGCUUCAAAUGCCUGCCAAAUAUUUUCCCUGGGGCAAUGGGGCGCCAUAGAGGGUACGUAAAAAGGGAAAGAGCUCAGGUACGAGAAUUAGAAAAAUAGAGACUGAACGGGGGCACCACCAAGGGCAAGCCUGCAAUCCUGGAGUUCUGCAGAUUGAGAAAUUGAAUGACCACCCCAAGGACAUCCAGCCAACUCCAACUCAGACUUCCUGGGCUCCCCGCCAAGGGGUGGAGACUUGGCUGAGGCUAAAAGAAAGCUGCCAGCCAGCUGUGCGCCAUCUGCCUUGCUCCCGCUGGGGGUGGGAGACUGAACCAGCCUUUUCCUGAGGCUGCCACCAGCUGCGCCACCGUCGCCCCCGGGCACCCUCUGCAGGGCUACAAGAGAAGGAACUACAAUUCCCAGCAGACCUAGGGAAAUAAUACUUUUUUAGGCAUGCGCAUGCGGAGAAGGCGCCGUUCGCCUACCGCCUGCUGGUCGAGAAUAAGAACUACACUCUCGGGCGGGCACGGACGCUCACGCCAGAGGUGCGGCGCGUCUACGUAGAACUACAAUGCCCAAGGAAAUGUGGGCUCCGCUGUAGAAGAAACUACAUUUCCCAGAAUCCCUCGUUCCGCAGCUGCGGAGCCUAUAGGUUGCGGAAUAGCUGGAAACUGACGGCGUGCUGCGGCCGAACAUGGCUUUCUCGGUCAGAUCCGUGGGUUGCCUGUUGGGCCCAGUCAGUAGGUCAGCGGGGCUGCUGGGUGGCAGGUGGCUCCAGGGUCCCCGGGCCUGGCUGGGGCUCCCCGACACCUGGAGACUCCCCGCCAUGCAACAGACCAGGGGCAGGACGCGCGGGAACGAGUAUCAGCCAAGCAACAUCAAGCGCAAGAAUAAACAUGGUUGGAUCCGGCGCUUGAGCACGCCGAAUGGCGUCCAGGUCAUUCUUCGCCGCAUGCACAAGGGUCGGAAAUCGUUGAGCCAUUAGGAGCGCAACGUAGCGGCUGGAUCUCCCCCAUUGAAGCAUUUCCCUCGCUUAGCCUGACGCUGUUUUUGUGGAGAGCUGGGGAGCGAGUGAACUGAACUGGGGAGCAGGGACUACUGGGACGGACAUGAAUCCUCCUCUAGGUUUCUGGAAGAGGGAAUGGGAAGUCAGACCUUGCCAGAGUGCCUUUUUACACUCUUGAAUUAGGAAGACUUUGGAGCAAGAGUCCACAGAUGGUACAGUGAACGCUUUUGUAACAGUACACAGCUGUAUUCACAACUCGUCCUGCCCUCUCCUGUGAGGCAGAUCUAAAUAUUUCAGAAUGCACCUCUCUAAAAUAAGGUUCCGUUAAUACAUAUUAACAAAACUUUUCACAGCUUAAAAAAAAAAUUCCUUUAUGUUGUUAAAAGUCUAAUAAAUGUUCAAAUUUUCACUUGUCUUAUAAAAUGUCAUAAUUCUCACAAAUUCUAGGAAGGCUUGUGAGCGGUGGGAGGGGUUUGAACCCUCCACCUGCCCCUUGGGGAUGGGCGCUGUGACUUGGAGCAAGACCUUAGCCCUCUGAGGUUAUUUUGGUUCCUGUAAAAAAGGACUUUCCUGGCAGUCCGAGUGGUUAAGAUUCUCCACUUUCCCAACUGCACGGAGGCAGGUUCAAUCCUGUAUGCUGCGUGGCGCGGCCAAAAAUAAAAGUAGAUUCAUCCUUAAAA